CCUCAAUAUACUUCAUGUCACUCACGAGUGUGCGAUGACUUGGAAUAUAGAUAUGGCGUCAAGCAGCGUGUGACGCCGAGACCACACCCUCAAGGUACAUUGCGCCGGACUGCAGCUGCAGCUGACGUACCUUCCUUCCCCUGCAGCUGAGAAGGCUGAGCUUGGGGGCAGAAGCCUUGAUAGAAAGGUAAACCUCACCAUCUUAUCUCUCUUUUCUAUUCAUCCUAUUUCCUUACCUCAAGCUUCACUCUUUCGCCAUGACGAACAACGAACAUCCAGAAGAGCACACGACAGAGCAGACCCCUCUGCUCGUCGAUGGCCCAGCCGACGAUUCCCACCACCUAGAAAGCUCCAACCUCAUCAGAUUUCGCAAUGCCAUAGGUAUCAACGUCCAGUCAGCAUCCAGCAAUCCUCACGAACUUGAAAAUGCCCGCAGAAAACCUAGCGGUCUCUAUAGAGAGAUCAUUGGUAUCCAACGCAGUCGCACCAGGCAAUAUUAUAUUUUCGAAUACUUCUACUAUGGAGCUCUUAUCGUACAAAUCCUUAUUGGAGCAAUUCUUGCUGCACUCGGAUCUCUUUCCAACGUCCAUCCCACCGUAAUCACAACUUUUGGCGUCCUCAAUACAGCCAUAGCAGGUAUAUUGGCCUUGAUGAAAGGCCAAGGUCUUCCCGAUCGACUCCGAAAAGACGCAUACGAAAUGAAGAAAGUACAAGAUUUCAUCGAAGAGACGGAUAUCCGAUUAGCCAUCGAGGAGGAUGUUCAUCCCGGAGAGCUGAAUGAUAUCGUCCAGAAGGUUUUCGACAUGUAUAAUACAGCGAGGGAUACUGCUGAGAUGAAUCAUCCUACAAAUUACGCACAUCAAGUUGAUGGGCCAGAAAAUACAGGACGGGGUACGACGCAGUCCGUUGGACAUGACGGGACGGAAGACGAUAGUAUGGGAAUCAAGAGUGUGAAUAGAAUGGCGACAAACGUGACUACUGGGAGUAAAGGGAAGACGAAGUUUGUGAUUGAAUGAGCUUGAUACUUGGCCUUGGAGUUUGGAGGAUACCAAUUGCUUUCGCUGGAGUUUGGAGAGACAUUGAAGUCGUUUUGGGUGGUAGAGGAUCGAUUCAACCUAGAAGCAUACAUGUCUUAGAUGAAAUCAAGCUCUUUGGCCUG